AUGAUACAAAGAACUGUUGGUCGUUUCCAAAGAACCGGUUUAAUUAAAGAUGCGCCUACAUCUGGAAGACCCAAAAAUGCUAGUAAUGACGAAAAAGCUUUAGAUGUUCUUCUAACAGUAAACGAUAAUCCCCAUACAUCGGUCUCGAAAGCAGUUCAAGAAAAUGAUAUUAGCGCAACAUCAGUCCGUCGAAUUUUGAAAAAGCAUCACUAUCAUCCUUACAAAAUACAUCUAGUCCAGGAGCUAUCCGAAGACGAUUAUGACAGAAGAAUUGAAUUUUGCGACACAAUGAUGACACGACUUGCUGAUAAUCAUCAGUUUUUCAACUGGAUCUGUUUUUCUGACGAAGCAACAUUUGAGUUAAACGGUUCUGUAAAUCGACAGAAUAUGAGAUAUUGGGCAAAUGAAAAUCCGCAUUGGAUGAGAGACAGUCACACGCAGUAUCCUCAGAAGGUUAACGUUUGGGCCGGAAUAAUCUUAAUCGUAUUAUAG